CAAAACAUCCAUCCAUGCACCUGGGUGUCAGUCGUAACCAGCCCGUGCUCAGGAAGAGGAUAAUAGCUGGAUUGGCAUCGUUUGCAAACAAAUUAGUCAGACAUAGACAUACAUACAGUUCAAGGUUGCUGGCGAAUGUAUGGACCAACAACCGUAAAGCUUCACAUCUUCUCGGACUGGCCUGACCUUUCACCCCCUGAGCGCAAUCAACUGAGCAACGUUACUUUCUCCCAAACGGAUUGCUUAUAUAUUCCGGCUAUCCCCUCCAAGUUCCAAGUUUCCUUAACCAACCAUCAUCACAUUCGCAGUUUGCUUUCGGGAUAACAAGCUUCACACAAACUACCCUCCUGUCAACCCAAUAUUCACCAGUUAGAGUUGUUCAUCGAUCUUCUCUGAUAUAUAUAACCGGCUCUCGCUUGCCAUUAGAUAGAGCUAUCCACACUAUUUAAUUCUCUCCUCCAUCCCAGUUUUACCGGUCACUUGGCCCGAUACAAUCAUUUCUUACACACCUUACACCACUCAUCAUGAGAUUUCAACUUACCACCCUCUUCACAGUCCUUGUGUUUCUGAUCUCCUGCAGUCAGGCUCUCGAGAGUCCUGCUAGUCAUGCCGAUCUCGAAGCCCGCGAUAUCGAUGAGGAAGGCUACAUGAACCUUUCCGUGGGUGUUCGCAUGAAGAGAGACGAAAACAACGACUCGACUCUGGAGAAACGUUCCGAAUCGCCCGCAUCCACACAACUACUCCUCAAGAGAAACCCUGAAACCGGGAAGAUGGUCUGGCCAGGCAGUUUCUCAGAGGCACUCACGAUGGCCAAGAGAGACGUUCCUGAGAUGCUCAAGAGCUCUCUCCAUCGUCGUACCGCCUUGGCCCGAAGAGCAAUGAAAGUUGUAAUCACUUGGUACACUGGCCACGAUCUUCUUUACCCGUCAUGCUUCGCUGACAGCGACAACUGGGCCCCCACUGACGACUCCAUGGUUGCCGCCGUUACCAUUGAAUGGCCCGGGAAGCCUCCAUGUGGCAGCUUUGUCAGAAUUCACCACGGCUCCAGAAAUCCAAAUCUAUUGUCGUCCGUAUUGUCGACACAUGCGCUGGUUGCGCAAGUGGCUCGGCACACCUUGAUCUUACGAAAGCCGCUUUCGAGAAGCUCUACGACGAGGACGUCGGCAUGGUCGCAGGCUUGAAAGCCAAGGUCAUCCCUUGUCCCUCCAAAAUUGAGCAAGACUGGAAUGACGAUGUGAUCAGCCGAUACGGUCCCAAAAAGCCCAUUCGCUAAUCUGAACUUUCAACCUCUCCUCACGAUGCGCGACUUUUCCAUUUAUUUCUCAGCUCGAUGAGCUAAGUUUUUUCGGAGGCUCGAGUCUCCAUGUUGUUGUUUAUAAACUUCGCGUGUAUCACUGGCAUGCCAGUGAUCUUCUACCUUUUUUACUAUUUUGGGUGCCGGGCCUAGGCUUAGGAUUAUUUCGGGUUCUUUUUUUCUGGUUAGUUAGUUUAGUUAUCUUGGGCCAGCGACAUGUACACAUUCUUUCACACAUUGUCCUUGGAUGUGUUGUGACUAAAUAUCAUACACUUGAACGAGAACAAACCGAGGAUACAUACCUCAAUCUUUACUUCACAUUAUUUCAUGUCAUAUAUGCCACCUUCUUUUGUCCUCAACUCCACUCUUAUAAGCUAGUAAUGUUAUCUUGAGCCUACUUUUCAAUCACACAACUGAAUCAUUGAAUUCCACAGUCUGGAUCACACUGAAGGAGACAAGCUAUCUUUGCCAUCAUAUUUCCCUCAUUGGCCGACCGCUCAGGUGCAG